CUCCUACAUUACCAUUGUCUUCAUAGAUUCCACACAACACUCAUAAUGUCUCUCCCAACCGCUGCACUUGGCAAAAAUGGUCCUCAAGUCACUCGAGUGGGCUUCGGUCUGAUGGGGCUCUCAACAUUUUAUGGCCCUGCUAAGCCAGAUAAUGAGCGUCUAGCUCUGCUGGAUGAAGCUCACAAGAUGGGACAGCGCUUCUGGGAUAGCGCAGAUCUCUAUGGAGAUAGCGAGGAGCUCUUGAACAAGUGGUUCAAAGCCAACCCUGAGAAGCGAGAUGACAUCUUCUUAGCUACAAAAUUCGCGGCACGCCACGCUAAUGGCCAAUUCUACGUUGACAGCUCGCCCGAGUAUGCGAAGCAAGCAUGUGCCAGAAGUUUGGAGCGACUUGGCCUACCCAGCGUAGACCUCUAUUACUGCCAUCGCCUUGACGCGAAGACGCCCAUUGAGAAAACAAUCGAGGCUAUGGUGGAACUGAAAAACGAGGGCAAAUUCAAAUACCUAGGACUCUCGGAAUGUUCGGCUGAUUCUCUGCGUCGCGCACACAAGGUGCACCCCAUCACAGCUGUUCAAGUUGAAUACUCGCCCUUUGCGCUCGAGAUCGAAACAGAGCAGAUUGAUCUACUCCGUGUAGCUCGCGAGCUUGGCGUGGCUACUGUUGCGUAUUCACCGCUCUGCCGUGGACUCCUUGCGGGAGCCCUGCGUUCUCCUGACGACUUUGCCGAGGGAGAUUUCCGUCGCUUCGCUCCUCGAUUCUCCAAAGAGAACUUUCCCAAGAAUCUCGAGUUUGUAGAUCAAUUGAAUGAGAUGGCAAAGAAGAAGGGAAAUGGGGUUACCGCAUCUCAGUUGGUAUUGGCUUGGUUGCUCGGACAGGGCGAAGACAUCUUCCCUAUCCCAGGUACGACCAAGUUGGAGAGGCUGAAGGAGAACAAUGGGUCGAUGAAGGUUGAAUUGAGCAAAGAUGAGCUGCAGCAGAUUCGAAAGCUAGCCGAAGAGACAGAAGUUCGUGGCUCGAGAUACCCUGAGUCUGCUGCAAGCCAGUUGUACGUGGACACGCCGCCUUUGUAG